CUUCAACAUGUGCUGAGAAUGGAAGCAGGAUGCUACAACUUCUCCCAGCGCCGGAUCUACUCUAAUCGCGGAACUCCUAUUUGCGAGAAAUGUAUUAAAAAAGGGUUGGAAUAUCUCGAUCUCGGAAACCGUUAUCGCUUCAGCAAUGGGAUCGCAUCUUCGAGGAAAGCUCGCUGGAAAAUCGAUAGAGACUCAGCGUAAUACUGCCUAGAAAUCUUUCAUGGACUUGUUCGCUAUACUAAUGUGAUAGCUAGUGAUACUGUAGAGAGUCGCGAGAUUGUGCAGUG